UUAAUUUAGGUUUUCACUUUUCGAUCUUAGUUCUUAAUUCAUAAAAAUAAUACCGAAUUGGUGUUAUGGAAAUCCGAAAUAAUAAAACAUCCGCAACUUAUUAUAGCAAUGAGAAAAUCCAAAAACUAAAUUCAAUUAAGUGCAAUUAAAUUAACCUUUUUAGAAAUAUCAAUUAUUAUAACACUCGUAUUGGACGCGGUACUAAGGAAUUUUGUAAACUAUGGCCACAAUUUGAGAAGCUAACAUUAUAAUCCUUAAACCUAUUGUUCAAAAUAUACAAAAAUCACAAUGGCAAGAUAUUUUGAGAAUUCAACAACCUUCAACUUUAGCUGGGAUCAAGUAGCUCGUGGAUACUGGAAAAGAUACCCAAAUCCUCAAAGUACCCAUGUCCUGUCUGAAGACACCUGUAGCAGACAUGUCAAGGAUGGCUGCCUAUACACAAAAAGACUUUUGACAAAAACCAACAGAGUGCCUAAAUGGGGAGAGAGAUUUUUCAGUGCAAAGUCAGUGAAAAUUAUAGAAGAGAGUAUUGUCGAUCCUGAAAAGAAAAUUCUCAUCACUUACACAAGAAAUUUGGGUUACACCAAAGUUAUGAGUGUCGUGGAGAGGGUUGAAUACAGACCUUCAGGUGCAGGCCAGACAGUAGCCAAGCGUUCAGCCUGGAUUGACUCACAGGUGUUCGGGUUCUCCAGGGCUAUCAGGGCUUUUGGUGUUGACAGAUUCAGAAAAAAUUGUUCACAAAUGGUCAACGGGUUCAACUUUGUUCUACACAACAUGUUCCCGAGGCAGGUGCCGCAAACUGUUGCACCCAUGACGCACACAUUAAAAGAGAUGCGCGAGGCGGCGGCCGCGGCCACCGACCGGGCCAAAGCGAACGUCCUGUCGUCCGUCAACAGGACAUAACAGGACAACGAUUGAGUGCGCUCGGUGCAUCAGACGUUAAUGUGUAUGAUUAAUCUAAGUACAUGUUAAAGUACAGUAAGUUAAUCAUAGCCAUAUUGCUGUUAUUGUAAGAUCGAGAGGAUUAAUUGUGUCCAUCUUGAUUUCCGGAUGCACAGCAAAAAUAAUAAUUAAAACUUUAUUUAAAGAAGAAAAUAUAUAUAAAAUACAAUGGAUUGGGUUUUUGUAGUCGAGUAAAUUAAUGUUGGAUAGGGGUUGCAAUAAUUUGCAAAGGAAGCAUAAUAUUAUUAUGUAAGGAGUAGUCUAAACUCUAAGGUAACCACCUGGGCCUCUAUCAUGAGCUCAUAAAUCCAUUCUUUUUACGCCCUUAUCUG